AGCGUAAACAUCUUCGUAUUUGAGCUUCCUUUUAACAUCACGCUCCGAGCAAAGUAACCUCACCUCCCCUGCAGCAACAGCUCCGAGCUCCGCCUCGAGUUUCUGUUCUGUUUUCUUCUCUCUCUCUCUCUGUCUCUCUCCGUCUGCCUUGCGCAGAUUCCUCCUUCCUUCUUCUUCUUCACCGACCUCCUUCCAUUCUCAAUUUGACCGAUCGACCAUCCAGUCGAUCUUUUCGUUUGCCCCACGACGUUCUCUCCUUAGCGCUCCCGUAGCGCUAUUGUUGAAAUUCGAGGUUCGUCGCCCGAGAAAAUAUAGCCAUUGUGCCCUCUAUCUGUUGACAGUCCUUUCCUGGAACUGAUGUGUUGUUGUAUCGUCCGAAGGAACCAUAGAUUUACUUAUCUACCAAUUGAGUGAGUGAGUGAGUAAGUGACAGACGCACCGACCGAGUCAGUGAAUACCGUUUUUCGUUACGUGCUGUACAUUGAGUGAUAUAUGACAGCGAACGAAGUAGCAGCGACAGAGUGAGCGAGUGAUAAGUCACAGGUCGCAGCCGAAGUGAGUAAGAAAAAUCGAAGCGAUUGAAGAUAAUCGCCAAUCGAAGAUAGAAAUUUUAAGGAAAAGGCGCAGUUGCCGAGUGGAGUGGAGUUGAGUUGAGUCGAGUCGAGGUCGAAGAGGUGGCGUAACGACCGAAGCGAAGCAGAGAAGAAAUGGACUCGAGGAGGAUGGAUUCUGGAUCGUCGGCUUUCCGCUCUCUGGCACGGUCGUCGUCAUACUCAUCGAAGAAUUCCGACGAGAUGACCGCGAUCUCUGGCGGCCACUUCGGAAGCAGCAGCAGAGGCUACGCAUCGUCGUCGUCGUCGGCGGCAGGGGCAGGAGGCUCGAAGGGAAACAUGCCGCAACGAUGCGGCUCUCGAAUUCAGACGAGAAUCCCCGGCGUCUCCGUCCACAGCUGCGUGGUGCGGUUGCGGGCCGAGGACCAACACCUCGCGGAGGACAUCAUCGAAGGAUUGGAAUUCGCCAGAGACAGAGCGGUGAUGAGCCAGCUCGCCUCGCAUGUGAACGAGAUUCUGCUCACGAGCCCCAAGAGAUCCAACCCGUCGCCGCUCGGCUCCAGCUCCCGGGGGACCUCUCCCAUGGUCAUGCUCCAAUGUUGAUUUCCUUCCCUCCUUCGCCUCCGCCCUUCUCCCUGCCUCCCUGCCUCCACCACCGUGACCACCGCCCCUUGUUCAAAUUCCAAUCUUAUGUGUGCAAUAGACGAAGACACUUCGACGACGACGAGGAAGAGUGUUACGCGAAGCACCUUUUUCUUCUUAAUCAGGCCGAGCACCGAGACAGACAGACGGGAAGCAGUCACCAGAACGGUACACGACCCUCCGUAUCGUCGCUUUCAUGUUGAUUCUCACGACGACGAUGAUGAUGACGACGAUGAACAAGACGAUUGAAGAAGAAGACGAGGAUGAUGAUGAUGAUGACGAUGGCGACGACGACGAUGAUGAUGAUUGACGAUCUGCAUCCGCAGCUUGAUUUUCCCACUGAAAGCUGUAACACCGAUGAAUCUAUUAUUCUCGCUGAACCGAGUGAAGCGAGUUGUGAGUGCUCUGCCACAGCUGCGAGUUAUAGUUAGUUUUUAGGUGCGAGUAAAUAUCAUCUAACCCACCUGUCGAUGAAUAGAUCAGCCAAGCCCCUGUCGAUGAGAACUGUUUUCAAGGCUGUGGAGGGCAGGACCGAUUCUGUUGAAUCUGCGGACAGCCCAGCCAGGUUCCAUUCGUGAGAUCCGGGCGUCGAAGAAGAGCAAAGUACAUACAAGGUCCAGUAGGAGGAGAUGGAGGAGGAGAGAAGGAGAGUAGAGGAGGAGGAGUGAGUGUCUGCUGCGUUCGAUCAGCACCGAGCGGCAGUUUUUGGCGAAAGCCGGUAGCCGCGACGGGAGGUCGGAUCCCGUGACAGGCAUACAGACUGACAGACGGACAUGCAUGGGCGAGAAAGCAGAUCGUUUUCGAGCCCGUGCUGCGAAAAGUCAUGCCCGCCCGAGAGCCAGUGGACUAGAGAGUGAGAGAGUGAGCGAGUGAUCGAGUGAGUGAGUUAGCGUUUAGGCAACGAGCUGCUCGCGGGGACAGUCCCCUGACCAGUCAUGGUUGGAGUGCCUCGCGAGCAGUUGGUUCUUGUGUCAUUAUGUAGGUUCGUCGUCCGUGUUGUAUAUACAUCCCCCGAGUUCUCGCUGGUCGGGCUCUCCCUCGACAGGAGCCCGCCUUGUAAUCUACUCAACUAGUAGUACGUUUGCUACCGGUAUAGUUAGUGAAUUACUCAUACUCUGCUGCUUCAGUUUGUCACUGAAAGCUCCCUGUAUAAUAUAUCUUCUAUUUGAGUUCACCUCUCUCGUUCGGGUUCC